CUGAGACAAUGGAAAUAUUUUCCAGCAACAGACAAGGUUGGUCUUUUUUCUUCUGUCUUUGCAUGUGUGGGGCAAUAUGUGACUCCUUCUACUAUUCAGUGCACGAGGAAAGGAAAAGUGGGUCUCUGGUGGCAAAUGUGCUAAAGGAUUUGAAAAUGGAUGCAAAGGAGCUCUCUGAUCGCAGGGCCCAGCUGGUUUCUGAAGGCACCAAACAAUAUUUCCAGCUGGAUCCUCACACUGGGAAUGUGAUAUUACAGGAUAGAAUUGACCGAGAAGCCCUGUGUGGUCAGAAGGACCCUUGUGUCUUAGUCUCAGAGGUUGUGCUGGAAAAACCAUUGCAAGUGCACAGAAUUGAAGUUGAAAUAGAGGAUGUGAAUGACAAUUCCCCCCAUUUCUCUAAAAAGGAAUUGUUUUUUGAAAUACCUGAGCACAUGCCAGCAAAUACGCGAUUCCCUUUAGAGAAAGCCAAAGAUGCAGACAAAGGUGAAAAUGCUGUCCAGAACUACACGCUUAGUCCUAAUGAACAUUUCCAGGUAGAUGUGCAAAAUCGCAGUGAUGGUAGCAAAUCUGUACAAUUAGUAUUGCAGAAACAGUUAGACCACGAAGAGGAAUCACGUCUUUUCCUAAUAUUGUCGGCUGUUGACGGAGGGAUACCAACGAGAACAGGCACAGUAAAUAUUGUCAUUCAUGUUCUGGACGCCAAUGAUAAUUUCCCUCAGUUUAGUGAUUCUGUGUACAAAAUAAAACUGAAGGAAAAUGCCCUCAGAGACACACUUGUGACAAAAGUGGAAGCGACUGACAAGGAUCUUGGUUCCUAUGGGGACAUCACUUAUUCCUUCAGCCAGGUGCCAGAAACUGUGCUCAAAGCAUUCAGUCUAAACAAACAGACUGGGGAACUUACUGUUACAGGAACCAUUGAUUACGAAGAUGAGAGAAACUAUGAGAUAAGCAUCAAAGCUAUGGAUGGAGGGGGGCUCUCUGAUUACUGCAAAGUUAUUGUGGAGGUUGAGGACAUGAAUGACAAUGCCCCAGAGGUGACGCUCACAUCCCUCACCAGUCCAUUAUCAGAAGAUUCUCCCCUGGAUACAGUGGUGGCCCUCUUCCGUAUCACAGACCAAGACUCUGGAGAUAAUGGCAGAACUGCCUGCAACAAUGAGGCAAACUUACCAUUCAUGUUGAAAGUGACUGCAAACAAUUAUUACCAGCUGGUGACCCACCGAACCUUAGAUCGAGAAACGGACUCUGAAUACAACAUCACCAUCACAGCCACAGACUGGGGCUCUCCCAGGCUUACGGCAACAAGAAUUAUCAAUGUUCUGAUCUCAGAUGUUAAUGACAACGCUCCAUUAUUUGAGAAGUCAACAUAUGAAAUGCAAUUACGAGAAAACAAUAUUCCAGGCCUUUUUCUAGGAUUGGUACAUGCUGAUGAUCCGGACACAGAGUGGAAUGCCAAAGUGACAUACUCUCUUUUGCCUGGGAAGAUCAAUGAUCAUCAUAUGUCCUCUUACAUCUCCAUCAACUCUGAAACUGGGAAUCUCUAUGCUAUCCAAUCUCUUGAUUAUGAACAGAUAAAAGAUUUCCUAGUGACUGUGAGGGCUGUGGACAGUGGUUCUCCUCCCUUGAGCUCCCAAGUUAUUGUCCGAGUUGUUAUCAUGGAUGAAAAUGAUAACACUCCAUUCAUCCUCUACCCUCUUCAGAAUGGCUCUUCCCCAUCCAAUGACCUGGUUCCCAGGGGGGCGGAGGCUGGCUACCUGGUCACCAAGGUGGUGGCAGUGGACAGAGAUUCUGGUCAGAACUCUUGGCUUUCUUAUGAGCUGCUGAAGGCCACAGAACCAGCUCUGUUCAGUGUGGGGGCCCAGAAUGGAGAAGUGAAAACCAUGAGGCCCAUUAAUAAACGAGACACCUUCAAACAGAAACUUAUCAUUGGAGUCAGAGACAAUGGGCACCCAGCCCAGUCCACCUCUGCAACACUAAGCAUUCUGCUAGUGGAUGGCUUUUCUGAGCCUUAUAUGAAAAUGGUGGAUAUCCCAAAGGAGGAAGUGGUGGAGGAGAAAGACCAUACCUUGACUAUGUAUCUGGUCAUAUGCUUGGCUGCCAUAUCUUUCAUUUUCCUGGUUUUUGUGGUGGUGUUUGUUGCCCUCAAGGUUCAUAAAAGGAGGAAGUUCAUAGAGAGCUCUGCCCUGAAUUUCCCAGUGGGACCAGAUUUCCCAGAGAACUGUGGAGCUGCUGAUGCUGGAUCCCUUUCCCGGGCUUACAACUAUGAGGUGUGCUUAGCUGGUGGAUCUCUGAACAGCGAGUUCAGGUUUCUGCGGCCUCUCUUCCCUGUGUUUUCUAUGAAGCCUGCUCAGUCCCAAGGAGUUCAAAGGAUUGCACCCGGUUCCCAGGAUAUUUCAAGUCAUGCAGCAGAAGAGCAAAUCAUGAGUGAGUUGGUUUACAUACCAGGCUGCCUUCCUUACCAUGAAAACAUUGAUCCUUCUGUGACCCAUAGUUUGGCCACACCUGCUAGUGGUGGCCAGUGCGAUCCGCCAAGUUGA